GUUCGCCUUGUUCAGGUGUGAUCAGGGUUGGACAGCUGUCUGUAGGGCCAAUAAUGUGUGAGCUUCUCCAAGUCAGGAAGAGGGCGUGUUUCUGAUGUUGGUCCUGGUAGACAGCGGGAAAUGACACGCACCGAGCGUGAUAUUUCGUGUGACCCGACAGGACAGGUGAGUCAGUCACCUAGGUGAACUAGUUUUUUUUUAACCUCCUCAAACUGGGUCUGUGCAGAGAACAGCUUUGCCUGGUGGAACCCCACAUGCGGUGAAGUGAAGCUGCGUCGUGAAGCAAAAAGCAGCUCCAGUUUAUUCCCCUGAAGGACACAGAGCAGGCAGAAGACAGGACAGGACAACACCUGGAGGACAUGAAGCUGCAGCUGACUUUACUUUUUGCCAUAGUGGCCUCUGUCAUCAUAGUGGGGUUCAUGAAAAUCCGGCAGAAGGAGCAGAACAAACACGAGAAACGGAGCAAAUUUGACGACAUUAAGCUGCGGGUGACUGAGGAUUUACUAGAGGAGUAUCUGAAAGACAAAGAAGAGACACAAGACCUGCUGGAAAAGAACAAGGGGGAGCUAACUCAGCUGGGCAACUCACUGAACUCACUGAAAGCUGGAUCAGACUCGAAGAAAGGAGAAGUGGACACCUGUAAGGGAAAUAAGAAAACUAUAAAUGAUGAACUGGCAGCAGCACAAAGUGAAUUCAAUAAUGUCAAAGCUGAAGCUGAAAAGGCCAAAAGUGGAUGGGAAGGAGAAAAGGCAUCUCUAAAACAGACACUAGACAAAGAAAGUGCAGUGUGCAAGUUCUUAAAACCAGGAUCAAAAGUAGAUAAAACACUGUGCAAAGAUGCUCCUAAAGUAGAAGAGGCAAAACCAGAGGAGGCAAAACCAGAGGCCCCGAAACCAGAGGAGGCAAAACCAGAGGCCCCGAAACAAGAGGAGGCAAAACCAGAGGCCCCGAAACCAGAGGAGGCAAAACCAGAGGCCCCGAAACCAGAGGAGGCAAAACCAGAGGCCCCGAAACAAGAGGAGGCAAAACCAGAAGCCCCGAAACCAGAGGAGGCAAACGCAGAGGCCCCGAAACCAGAGGAGCCCAAGCCUGAGGCCCCUAAGAAUAGAUAGGUAUUACAGUACAACAUGUAUUUUUCCAAUCUAUGACCAACUGACUGUUUCAGAACAUAGUUUGAUACUUUCCACCCAGAAUUCAGUGCAGUGCCUUAAAGAGACAACUAACACUAACUUCCAAGGACGACAUACAUAUAUCAAGUAAAAGUUAUUUCUCUACAAAGCAAAUGUAAAUUGUAGGUCUUGUUGUGAAAUGGUUUGUAUUAUAAAAUAAAAAAUAAAAGGUA